AUGUUCAAUUUCUCCAUGGGCGCCGAUGAAGCCCUCCUGACCCUGGGAAAAGAGCCACGGGGAGCCAACGGCACAAGAAGCCAAGAAACUACUGCCCGUAUCCGACGUUCAAUAGCAACGUGCCCGCCUGUCAGCUGCUGUGAUGCCAACCACGGCCAACCUAUCAGCCAACGACAAACGACCACCAAGGCAACUGAAUACCACCCCCAGAACCUGCCAUUUCCUCAGCACUCUUGGGUAAUUUUUCUUGACGCGCGUACUUCCUUUGUCUCGUGCGAGAAAGAAAGCAAGAAGAAGAAGAAUGAAUUCUCGCCCAGCAUCAAUCCAGCUUUGUCAUGCUUCGGCCUCCCACUCCAAGGCUCCAUCCUCUCAGCGAAUACCACGGCUUACGUCGUUCCAGCCUGCGUUGAUACACCUGCGGUUUUGAAGCGCGGUCGUGAGGUUGCGCUGGACGCUGCGUCACUCGAAAAUCGAAAUGAGUGGUUCGGUUGGUUCUGCACUAAGCGAACGGCUCCAGGUUGA